AUGAAUUUUCGAGCCUUAACCUUUUACACUGCCCUGGCAGUCACCCUAUCCAUCUUGCUAUACCUUCGCAACUCCUACUGGCUUGUUCCGCCUUCAAUAUCAAACUCCGCAAGACCGCGAAUGUACUGGUUCGCCUUUGGUGAUUCCUACUCCGCGACAGGUUUCGAUAUCGGCUCUACGCAACCUUCGGCAUCAAACCCGACGGGAAAUGCUGCUCCCGGUCUGGGCACGCAAAGCGGCGGCGAUAACUGGAUCGGAUACCUGACUACAGAGUACAACACGAGUUUAAUUCUAUCAUACAACCUAGCCAUCGCUGGCGCAACAAUUGAUAAUUCACUAGCCACUUGGGAAUUCGAUGAUGUGGCUUCCCAAGUAGCCGCAUUCCGAUCAAAUUAUGCCUCGAGACCAGAAUCUGCACCUUGGACGGCGAACAAUGCCCUUGCCUCGUUCUGGGUUGGAAUUAACGACGUUUACUAUGGCUUCGCGCAUGAUGAAGACCCUUCUACCUUCGUCCCUACAUUGCUAGACAAAUACCGAUCGCUCGUCGAGGAUAUUUAUUCUGACGGCGUGCGACAGUUCCUUUUUCUAAAUUGUCCGCCAUCAACUCGCAGUCCGCAGGUACAUGAAGAAAACGAUUUACCAGAACAAUUUGAUCGUCAUGCCGCGAUGGUGUCGGCGUACAAUGACGGUCUGGUAGAUAUGGCGUUUCAGUUCAGCCAGGAUCAUGACGAUUCAACCGUCGUCUUUUAUGACUCGUGGGCUUUUAUGACACGUGUUCUUGACAAUCCUGCUGAAUAUGGUUAUCAAGAUGCCACGUGCAUAAAUGACGAUGGGUCUAGUUGUGUGUGGUGGAAUAACUUGCAUCCCGGCUGGACGUAUCACAGAUCCCAAGCUGACGAUAUGCUGGCCAGUCUUACGCCUCUCGGGUGGUGA